CCACGACCCACUGAAAUGGCAAAGCCCAAAGAGGACCAAAGAGGCCCAAAUAAAGAUGAGGCCCAGAAGCAGAAGCAAACACCAUGGUUAGCUCAGCUGGAGGAGAGCCAACAAGCAAAAAUGCCGCAGUGGCCGUCACUCCAGCUGCCCGCCGCCGCCGCCGCCCGCCGCGCCACUCCCUUCGCCUUGUGCAGGAGCUCGUCGUCCUCCGUUUCUGCGUCAGCGUCCAACCAGGACCUGGUAGCGUGUUCUUGGCAAAAGGAGGAUGAGGCCGAGGCGCAGUCGUUGGUGGUGGUGGGCGGAGGCGCCGCCGGGGUGUACGCCUCCAUAAGGGCCAAGUCCCUGGCUCCCCACCUCAACGUCCUAGUCUUCGACAAAGGAAGGUUCUUGUCCAAGGUCAAGAUUUCUGGUGGUGGCCGAUGCAAUGUCACCAACGGGCAUCAUCUGGAGCCAUUGGGGAUGGCAAGAAAUUAUCCUAGGGGACACAAAGAACUCAGAGGAUCGUUCUUCAAAAAUCAUGGCCCUCAGGAUACUAUGCGUUGGUUCUCAGAUCAUGGUGUCGAGCUUAAGACAGAAGAUGAUGGUAGAGUUUUCCCUGUCACUGACAAUUCUGCAUCGAUAGUAGAUUGCCUACUGAAUGAAGCAAGGCGACUUGGAGUUUCCCUGCAGGCUGGUAAAGCUGUGACUGGUGCAUCUGUCACUGAAAAUGGGAAGUUUGUUGUGAAGGUUGAGAAGCGUACCGUUGAUUUUGUGGAUCAUGUAAACGCUAAAUAUGUCUUAGUUGCUACAGGGAGCAGCCAGCAGGGUUAUUCAAUUGCUGCACAAUUUGGUCACUCUAUUAUUGCUCCAGUGCCCAGCCUUUUCACAUUUAAAAUUACAGACAAGCGAUUGGCUGACCUCUCUGGGGUCACAUUCCCAAUAGUCAAAGCAAAACUGAAGCUAGACGGCAUUAAGAGAAGUGCUCCUGAAUUAACUCAGAUUGGACCUAUGUUAGUUACACACUGGGGGCUUAGUGGGCCUGUUGUUCUUCGUUUGUCCGCAUGGGGAGCACGUGAACUGCAUCAGUACAACUACCAAGCAAAGCUCACCGUUGACUUCAUACCCGACAUUCAUAUUGAGGACGUGAAGCGCAUCCUUUUCCUGCACAAAGAUCACCAUGCGAAGCACAAAAUAAACAACUCUUUUCCCAUGGAGUUCGCUCUGGUGAAGAGAUUUUGGAAAUUCUUGCUAGAACAGGAGAGUUUAGAUGGUGAUAUGCACUGGGCGUCCAUACCAAAUAAUAAUCUAAACACAGUAGCCCUUAGGUUAAAGCAAUGGAUGUUUGAGGUUGUCGCUAAGGGUCAAUUCAAAGAUGAAUUUGUCACCGCCGGAGGUGUUCCACUUUCAGAGAUAUCGCUGAGCACUAUGGAAAGCAAGAAACAGCCCAACCUGUUUUUUGCAGGAGAGGUACUUAAUGUUGAUGGGGUCACUGGCGGAUUCAAUUUUCAGAAUGCAUGGACCGGUGGGUAUAUAGCUGGGACAAGCAUAGGAACAUUGGCAUCAAGCAACAUGAGGCAGCAACAGCCAUAUUUGCAACUGGACGGAUCAUGAAGUAUCACACUGCAAAAAGGACUCCUGCCUGUUCUUACUACUGAAGACUAACAUUGACAAAUGACAUUGUAGAUGUACAUAGAGGUCAAUGAUCGAUUGUAGAGAUGUACCCGUGAAACAAUCUCUUGUUAUUAGUUAGCAAACAAGUUCAGAAGUAGUGGAUUGUGUACUCUGCACAGCUGUGAGCAAAUCUAGUUGUCAUUUCUCCAACAUAAAAUCAGAUAUAAAGUUACACUCAA